AUGGUGUCCACAAGUAGUCGUCAUCAUUAUCGUAAGAAGAAGAAGGUGAAGAAGCGCAAAGCUGUGAACCUGCAAGCAAAUUUUAAUCGUAAGUGCUCACUAGCUGGUGCUUUCAGUAUCACAUCCGAUACAACGUUAGAAGUAUUAAGUGACGCCAUGUUUCCAUCCAAUGAUGACAAAAAUCAUGGAGCAAUGGACGUUCCUGAUGCAGGGAAUUCAUCAUGUGGUGACUUCCAUUUACACAGUGUAUGCAGUGAUGGCAAGUUGAGACCCAGUGAAGUGAUUGCUAAGGCUGCAGCCAAUGGUGUGACAUUCAUGUCACUUACGGACCAUGACACCAUGGCUGGUGUGAGUGAGGCGAUUGCUACGGCACAGAAACUGGGUGUAUUGGUGUUUCCAGGUGUCGAGAUUAGUGCCGAGGUGAAAGGUGAAGAGAACCUUCAUAUUUUGGGCUAUUUCUAUCCAGGAUCAAACAGUGCCGAGUUGGAAAAGCAGAUGCUAAAGAUACGCACUGGAAGGCACAAGCGUGGCAAAGAAAUGCUGAAAAAGCUGGAGGCGAUGGGCAUUAAACUCAAAUGGGAAAGAGUAUUGGAAAUUGCUGGAGAAGCGGCACCGGGUAGACCACAUGUGGCUGAAGCUCUUGUAGAAGCAGGUCACGUUGCGAACAUUCGGCAGGCAUUUGCUCGGUAUCUGCACAACGAUGGUCCUGCGUACGUCGAGGGUGAGCAUUUCCCACCCGAAGACGCUAUCAAGCUUAUUGCUAGCGCUGGCGGCGUCUCUGUUCUCGCACAUCCGUGGUGUUGCAAGGAUCCCAUGACGCUAGUUCCAAAGCUGGCUAAGCUCGGUAUUCAGGGCAUUGAGGUUUAUCAUGAUGUGAAUAAAAUUGACAUGUAUGGCGCCUUGGCGAAGGAAUCUAGCUUGCUGAGGAUGGGUGGUUCAGACUUUCACGGCAUUAACCCAAUGACGGAGCGUGCACCUGGUGCUAUUCCUUUCCCACGCUUGCAUGUUGAUCGUUUUCUCGCCCACGCCCUACAUGUGUGGGAACGACCGCUUGUAGAGCGGUUGCAGUCAAUGGCGAAAUCCGUCAUGCUGGGAGUUGCUGCAUCGCAGGAGCUACUUAUCUGGAAAGAGCAGGAACCCCUUGUCCGCCGAACAUUGGCUCAGCUUGGCAUGGGAUUUAAAAUGGCGGUAAGUGGAGGAACGCAAGUCCAAGAUACCUUCGCCGGUGACGAUGCUGGCGUCGUCAACAAUCACUACCGAACUAUCAGCGUUUAUCCUCUUGGGUCGAUGAGGCAAUUGGGAAUUUAG